CUUUGGAAGAGUCAUCUCCAUCACACAGUCUCGUUGCGUAGGCGCCAUACAUUGCAUUGUUUUGAUAUUCCAGACUGUUCCAACAUCUCUCCAAGAAAACCUCUCGUCUACCCCACUUUUGUGACUUUUUGUCCGUUUCCGCAAAAUCGAAGAAUUCACCCAUCCAUCAUAACUCAUCACUACCUCUACUUACCUACCUACCUGAUUCUACAUCUCACCACUUCCUCCUCACCAGCGUUCAGCGCAGCAAUCACAUCAAAACUACAGAAUGGCUUCCACAUUACCAAUACCCGACAUCAACGUCAUAGCCCCCUCCUUUAUCCAAAGGGACUCUCAGAAUUCCGACAACAUGAAACCACCACCAACCGACUUCAACCACCCAUACACUCCCUACCCUAUCCAAACGGCCUUUAUGCAAACUCUGUAUUCUGUUCUAGACCGAACCGUCGCCGUGUCCCCCCCAACAACGACCAACAGCACGAACAACACCGCCCCUUCUGCCACCUUCUCAUCGACUGCCGCCACCCUCAUCCCUAGCAACCCCUCCACGUCCCCAUCCACGCCCCCCCUAAUUAAUCCUACCACCGCCCCUACCGUCCAUCUCGCAGAUAGGGCCACAGAACCAUCACUAUCCGUCACUCCCAGAACCACUACCAGUAAAGAUAAAGACAAAGGUCCGAGUAGUAGCAGCAGUGUCCCCAAGGGCCACGCACAAAUCGCCCUCUUCGAGUCUCCCACCGGCACCGGCAAGUCGUUAUCACUAAUUUGCGGCUCCUUGACCUGGCUGCGUAACCACAAGCGGUUGCAAUUCGAUUCCGAAAUCGAAAAGAUUCAGCAGCAAAUGGAGGCAUCUGGGGAGCCGGAAUGGAUGGUGGAAAGUGCCAUCAAGAGGAAACGAGAGGAGUUGGCGCAGAAGUAUGAAGAGAUGGAAAGAACGCUGGAGAGGAUAAGGCAAAAGGAGAGGGAGAUGGAGAAGGAAGGGGAGGAAGGGCAAGCGAGAGGUGGAAAGAGGAGGAAGUUGGACCGGGGGAAAGGGGAUGAGGAAAAGGGGGGAAAAAAGAAGGAGAGCGGCGGGAGUAGAGGGUUGACAGCCAGUGAUGAGGACAAGGAGUUCUUGAUUGGGGAUUGGAGGGAUGAAGGGGGACUGGAUGAGAAUGACCCGAUGGGUCAGUUGAGCAAGGAGACCAGGGAGCUUUUGGAGAAGGUGGGGAUGGGGACCGCGGGAGGGAAGAAGGAAGCGAACGAGGGGCCAGUGGCUGAGGAGGAGAUUAAGAUCUUCUAUACCUCGAGGACGCAUUCGCAGUUGACGCAGUUUAUUCAGGAGCUGAGGAGGCCGGAAUUUCCUGCUUCUGUUCCAACGCCAAAUCCUCAAGAAAAACCAGCUAAAGAAAUCGUCAAGCAAAUUCCGCUUUCCUCACGGCAAAAACUCUGCAUCAAUCCCACCGUUAACAAACUUGGCACCCUCGCCGCCAUCAACGAACGGUGUCAAUCCCUCCAGCAACCCAAGACACCCAAAGACCAACGAUGUCCCUAUCUACCAAACGCUGCCAACCUCAAAGCGACCCACGAGUUUCGCGACACCGCUCUCGCCACCCUCCCAGAUAUUGAAGACCUCUACCAGACCGGCAAGCAGUUACAGAUAUGUCCUUACUACGCCUCCCGUGCUGCCAUUCCCGGAGCAGAGGUGAUCACAUUACCAUAUCCUCUCCUCCUACAAAAAAGCGCCCGUGAGGCGUUGGGCAUUAGAUUGGAAGGAAACAUUGUGAUUAUAGACGAGGCACACAACAUUAUGGAUGCCGUAUCUAACGUGCAUGCUGCCGAGAUCAAGUACACCGACCUCAAAAGAGCGAAACUAUCACUUGGCAUGUAUUACCAGCGGUUCCACCAAAAGCUAACUGGCGAAAACAAGGUCAUGGUCGCUCAGCUACAAAGGGUCGUGGAAGCUUUGGGAGUGUACCUCAAAACAAAACUGGACAAGGCUGCUUUGGGGCUCAAGGCAGACCAGGAAGGAAUUGUGCUUGACACCAGCCUUUUGUUGAAGACGGGUGGUGCGGAUCAAAUCAACUUGUACAAGUUGAUACGGUAUGUCCAGGAGAGCAAGUUGGCAUUCAAGAUCGAGGGGUAUAUCAGUUAUUGCGAGGAAGAAGGUCGUGACACAGAUGAUGAGGAAGCCGAGACGGAGAUAAAGGCGAGGCAGGGCAGACCACCAGUGCUCCACACUCUGUGCUCCUUCUUGACGGCCUUGACGAAUUUGAGCUCGGAGGGCAGGAUCUUCUAUGAGAAGAUACCUCCACCUAGGGGCGAACUGCAGGAUAUGAAGCUCAGCUACAUGCUGCUCUCGCCGACACACGCAUUUUCGUCGAUUGCGGAGAGCGCAAGGGCGGUCAUCCUGGCUGGUGGAACGAUGUCCCCUUUCGAGGACUACAAAGCACAUUUGUUCCCAGACGUACCGCCAGAGAAGAUCACAACACUCAGCUGCGGACAUGUCAUUCCCCCCGACAACCUCUGCGUCUGGACUCUGGGUUCCAUCGCCCCCAACCCAAAAGUGGACACAGGAAUCGGCGAGGACUGCUUCGACUUCACCUUUGCCAAGCGCAGCAAUCCCAACAUGAUCAACCGCCUCGGAUUGGUGCUACUCAAUCUUUGCUCUGUCGUACCGGACGGCGUCGUCGCCUUCUUUCCCUCUUACGGCUACCUGGAAGAAGUCAUUGGAGUCUGGAAGACGCACGAGCAAGCCAUGGGCCCCAAAACCAUCUGGGAGCGACUCGAAAGCAAGAAAGCCCUGUUCAUAGACUCCAAAACCGAGUCGAGCGAGCAGACGCUUCAAAAGUACAGCGACGUCAUCCAUUCCGAAGUCCGUCCUCUCUCCCCGGCCGGGAGUCGGGUUAAAGGCGCCAUGUUGCUGUCGGUAAUAGGCGGCAAGAUGUCCGAAGGCAUCAACUUCUCCGACCGCCUCGGCCGGUGCGUCGUCGUCGUCGGCAUGCCCUAUCCCAACCCUCACUCCCCCGAAUGGCUAGCGCGCAGAGAGUAUCUCGAAGCGAACUUUAUCAAGCGGUAUACCGCCUCCCAACAAACCAGCACCGCUACCGCACCUCUUCCCGCCCCAGUGAUUCCGCCCCCGUCCAACACCACCCACUACUCCACGAACCCCUCUUCGUCCAGAAACAAAGAUAAACACAAACCUGCCAACGUCCGCAAACUCGCUGCGCGCGACUCCCACCAAUUCUACGAAAACGCCACGCUUCGUGCCGUCAACCAGUCGAUCGGAAGAGCGAUUCGGCAUCAGAACGAUUAUGCGGCGAUUGUGUUGAUAGACAAUCGGUUUGAGAAGGAGCAUGUGAGGGCCAAGUUGCCGGGGUGGAUCAGAGAGGGGUGGGACGAGACGCAGAGGCAGGCCAAGGAGGAUGGAAAGGCACUGAAGGGGUUGCAGGGAAUGAUGGGGAGGGUCAAUAUGUUUUUUAGAGGUAAGAAUUAGGGAGGUGCGGGCGGAAGUUACCUCUAGUUCUCUGUUGAUCAGACAAGGAUGAAUGCUAGUUGUGAAGUUCUUGGGAAUGGCAAGGAAAUGUUAUGUUGGUUGGGUAGGUGAGUUGCCUAGAGGUACCUUAGGUAGGUAGGUAGCCACUUCUGGGACACGAGGAAGUCACGUUUGAGCGUGAGCUCCCGUUGCAGGCGGAGUGAAAUCGGCACGGCACUGGGAUGGCUGUUCGCUUGUUCAUUUAACGAUCUCGCUGUUUGAGAGGACGCU